UCAUCCGAUUACAUCAGUCCCGUGGAUCAACAAAUUUUUUAGUCAGCAUUAAAAAUGCCACCAAAAUUCGAUCCCAAUGAGGUCAAGAAGGUGUACUUGAGAUGUGUUGGAGGUGAAGUAGGAGCUACUUCUUCUCUUGCCCCGAAAAUCGGUCCCCUUGGUUUGUCGCCGAAAAAAGUUGGUGACGACAUUGCGAAAGCCACGAGUGACUGGAAGGGUCUGAAGAUCACUGUCCAAUUGACGAUUCAAAACCGACAGGCGACGAUUUCAGUGGUUCCAUCCGCAGCUUCGCUCAUCAUCAAGGCCCUCAAGGAGCCCCCCCGUGACAGGAAAAAGCAAAAGAACAUCAAACACAGUGGAAAUCUGUCGUUCGAGGAUGUUCUUGCAAUUGCACGAGCAAUGAAGCCACGCUCUAUGUCAAGGCAGCUCAGUGGAACUGUCAAGGAGAUUCUUGGCACCUGUCAAUCAGUCGGUUGCACCAUUGAGGGAAGACCACCACAUGAUGUCAUCGACGACGUCAACUCUGGGGAAGUGGAGGUCCCGGAGGAAUAAAUGAUGUUCCAAGAGGAUGUCGAUAAAUAAAGUUUUAUAAAACCUA